AUGACUUCGGCAACUUCACCUAUCAUUUUAAAAUGGGACCCCAAAAGUUUGGAAAUCCGGACACUAACAGUGGAGAGGCUUUUGGAGCCACUUGUUACACAGGUGACGACCCUUGUCAACACAAGCAACAAAGGCCCAUCUGGUAAAAAGAAAGGGAGGUCAAAGAAAGCCCAUGUACUGGCUGCAUCUGUAGAGCAAGCCACUCAAAACUUCCUGGAUAAGGGUGAACAGAUAGCUAAGGAGAGUCAAGAUCUCAAAGAAGAAUUGGUCGCUGCGGUAGAGGAUGUACGCAAACAAGGUGAGACAAUGCGCAUCGCCUCUUCAGAGUUUGCUGAUGACCCGUGCUCAUCGGUGAAGCGUGGCACCAUGGUGCGGGCAGCGAGGGCUUUGCUCUCAGCUGUAACACGCUUACUCAUCCUGGCGGACAUGGCAGAUGUCAUGAGACUUUUAUCUCAUCUGAAAAUUGUGGAAGAGGCCCUGGAAGCUGUCAAAAAUGCUACUAAUGAGCAAGACCUUGCAAAUCGCUUUAAAGAGUUUGGGAAGGAAAUGGUGAAACUUAACUAUGUAGCAGCAAGAAGACAACAGGAGCUGAAGGACCCCCACUGCCGGGAUGAGAUGGCCGCUGCCCGAGGGGCUCUGAAGAAGAACGCCACAAUGCUGUACACGGCCUCCCAAGCCUUUCUCCGCCACCCGGAUGUUGCUGCCACAAGAGCCAACCGAGAUUAUGUGUUCAAACAAGUCCAGGAGGCCAUUGCUGGCAUCUCCAAUGCUGCCCAGGCUACCUCGCCCACUGAUGAAGCCAAAGGCCACACGGGCAUCGGCGAGCUGGCUGCAGCUCUGAACGAGUUCGAUAAUAAGAUAAUCCUGGACCCCAUGACGUUCAGCGAGGCCAGGUUCCGGCCGUCGCUCGAGGAGAGACUGGAGAGCAUCAUCAGCGGCGCGGCACUCAUGGCCGACUCGUCCUGCACGCGCGACGACCGGCGCGAGAGGAUCGUGGCCGAGUGCAACGCCGUCCGGCAGGCGCUCCAGGACCUGCUCAGCGAGUACAUGAACAACACUGGAAGAAAAGAAAAAGGAGAUCCUCUAAACAUUGCAAUUGAUAAGAUGACCAAGAAAACAAGAGACCUAAGGAGACAGCUUCGGAAAGCAGUGAUGGAUCACAUAUCUGAUUCUUUCUUGGAAACCAAUGUCCCUUUGCUAGUUCUCAUUGAGGCUGCAAAGAGUGGGAAUGAGAAGGAAGUGAAGGAAUAUGCCCAGGUUUUCCGUGAGCAUGCCAACAAGCUGGUGGAGGUUGCCAACUUAGCCUGUUCCAUUUCCAACAAUGAGGAAGGGGUAAAAUUAGUCCGGAUGGCAGCCACCCAGAUUGACAGCCUGUGUCCCCAGGUCAUCAAUGCUGCUCUCACACUGGCUGCCCGACCACAGAGCAAAGUUGCUCAGGACAACAUGGAUGUCUUCAAAGACCAGUGGGAGAAGCAGGUCCGAGUGCUGACAGAAGCCGUGGAUGACAUCACCUCAGUGGAUGACUUCCUUUCUGUCUCAGAGAAUCACAUCUUGGAGGAUGUGAACAAGUGUGUGAUAGCCCUCCAAGAAGGGGACGUGGACACCCUGGACCGGACUGCAGGGGCCAUCAGGGGCCGGGCAGCUCGAGUGAUACACAUCAUUAAUGCUGAGAUGGAGAAUUAUGAAGCUGGUGUUUAUACUGAGAAGGUUCUGGAAGCUACAAAAUUGCUCUCUGAGACAGUGAUGCCACGCUUUGCCGAGCAAGUAGAGGUUGCUAUUGAAGCCCUGAGUGCCAACGUCCCUCAACCAUUUGAAGAGAAUGAGUUCAUUGAUGCCUCUCGCCUAGUGUAUGAUGGUGUUCGAGACAUCAGAAAAGCUGUGCUGAUGAUCAGGACCCCAGAAGAACUAGAGGAUGAUUCUGACUUUGAGCAGGAAGAUUACGAUGUGCGCAGCCGGACAAGUGUUCAGACUGAGGACGACCAGCUCAUUGCGGGACAGAGUGCACGGGCCAUCAUGGCGCAACUACCGCAGGAGGAGAAGGCAAAAAUAGCUGAGCAGGUGGAGAUAUUCCACCAAGAGAAAAGCAAGCUGGAUGCCGAAGUGGCCAAAUGGGAUGACAGCGGCAAUGAUAUAAUUGUGCUGGCCAAGCAGAUGUGUAUGAUCAUGAUGGAAAUGACAGACUUCACAAGAGGCAAAGGCCCAUUGAAAAAUACAUCUGAUGUUAUUAAUGCUGCCAAGAAAAUUGCUGAAGCAGGUUCUCGAAUGGACAAAUUAGCCCGCGCUGUAGCCGAUCAGUGUCCUGAUUCAGCAUGUAAGCAGGAUUUAUUAGCCUACCUUCAACGAAUUGCCUUGUAUUGCCAUCAGCUUAAUAUCUGCAGCAAGGUGAAGGCAGAAGUACAGAAUCUGGGAGGAGAGCUCAUUGUGUCAGGGACAGGAGUUCAGAGCACUUUCACUACCUUUUAUGAGGUAGAUUGUGAUGUCAUAGAUGGGGGCAGGGCUAGUCAACUUUCUACCCACCUCCCAACCUGUGCUGAGGGAGCUCCGAUCGGGAGUGGAAGCAGUGAUUCCUCCAUGCUGGACAGUGCCACAUCACUCAUCCAGGCAGCUAAAAACCUGAUGAAUGCUGUUGUCCUUACGGUGAAAGCAUCCUAUGUGGCCUCAACCAAAUACCAGAAGGUCUAUGGGACAGCAGCUGUCAACUCACCGGUUGUGUCUUGGAAGAUGAAGGCUCCAGAGAAGAAGCCCCUUGUGAAGAGAGAAAAGCCUGAAGAAUUCCAGACACGAGUUAGACGAGGUUCCCAGAAGAAACACAUUUCGCCUGUACAGGCUUUAAGUGAAUUCAAAGCAAUGGAUUCAUUCUAGGACGAUAGGCUUUAAUAAGAAAGCUUUUUUUUUUCCUUUUC